AUGAGAUGUUCUAAACUUAUUGUCCCAUUAGCAUUCUUAUCAGUAUCAACCUUAUCAGCAUACGUGAAUAGUGAUAACAAUAACGCUGAGGAUUAUUCAGUCGGCGCAGAAGUUAUUAGUGACUCACAAUUAGCUCAAGAAGAAAGUCAAAGACUGCAUGAUAAAUCGACCAACAAAUUAGGUGUUAACGCUUUGCAAGAUGAAGAUAAUCAUCCCACUCCAGAUCAUUUAAAAAAGCCGUUAGAUCCUUACAAUAAUGGUGGAAGAACUAGUGAUCAUAAACCAGAAAGUGAAUUAACUGGAGAUUCAAAUAAUAAUUACAAUGCAUUUUUGAUGUCAAUAUCAAUGAUAGUUGUGUCUGAAAUCGGUGAUAAAACUUUUCUCAUAGCCGCCUUAAUGGCUAUGAGAAAUUCAAGAGUAAUUGUAUUUUCAGCCGCUUUCAGUUCACUCGUAGUCAUGACCAUAUUAUCUGGAAUUGUCGGUCAUGCUUUACCUACCUUGAUAUCUCAAAGAAUCACUCAAUUUUUAGCAUCAAUUUUAUUUAUUAUAUUUGGAUUUAAAUUGUUGAAGGAAGGAUUAAGUAUGUCAAAAGAUUUAGGAGUUGAAGAAGAGUUAGCUGAAGUUGAAGAAGAAAUAGCAUCAAAUAAAAUAAAUCUACAGUUGAAUGACAUGGAAGGAGGCAGAGGGUCUCAAUCACAAUCACAUUCACUACCACCCAAGGGCUCAAAACAAUGGUUCAAUGAAAUAGGGCUGCAAGUUCAAAAUUUAGCAUCAUUUAUAUUCACUCCAGUAUGGAUACAAGUUUUUGUUAUGACAUUCUUAGGGGAGUGGGGCGAUAGAUCUCAAAUUGCUACAAUUGCAAUGGCAGCUGGUUCAGAAUACUGGUUUGUCAUUUUAGGUGCAAUAAUUGGUCACGGUUUAUGUACGGCUGCUGCUUGUAUAGGUGGAAAAUUUUUAGCCAAAAAGAUAUCAAUGAGAAAUGUCACAUUAGGAGGUGCUAUCGCGUUUUUCGUUUUUGCAAUUCUAUACUUUUAUGAUGCUUAUUAUAAUAUUGAAAGUUGA